AGGAAAUCCGACGCCACCAGGCUUGAUGAGGUGGAUCGAGGAAUGUACACAUCCUUCUGCGGUGCGGCAAACUUUCUCUCUCAGUUGUAUUCGCAGGCCAUGCACCACCAGCGCUCCUCUUUCCAUGCCGGCGAACGCCACGCCUUGGCCAUUGCUGAUAAUUGAAAGAAAAUGGAUUUGUUCUCGGACUUCUCGCUCUUCGUGUUCACCUGGAUUGAAUGUUAUGUGGACAGACCAUUCCUUAAGGAGAAAAUUUACAGUUGGAUUUUGAGGCAGCAAGAAGAUGGAGUUAGAGUAAUGCCUGCUGACAUCAUUGCAUAUAUUGAGAAUGAAUUUGAUUGUGGAACAGAUGAGCAUCCAUCUUCCCCUAGGGUUCCUUUUCAGCCACAGAACCCAUCUCAUUCUGCAAUGCCAACAGCUCACUCAGGAGUUGCCAUACAUUCUAAUGGAUGUGGUCCUGCUACUACUGUUGGACAAGGAACACGCCCAGGAAACCUAGACCAAUCCAAGAACACCAUUUUCUCCAAUGCGCUCUCUAGCCCCAUUCGUCGUAGUCUCCAGAGCUACCACUUAUCACAGCAAGGAAGCCACUUUGCAAACAAUGGUAGCCAAAUCCGGGAUUCGAACCCCCCUAGCUUGAAUGAUACUCCAAUGGAUAUCCACCCUGAUAGCCCUGGCCAUGAUUCUCUUUGUUGAAACCAUCCUUUUCAAAGAAAGUUACUGUCAGAGAGGAUGAAACUUAAUGGGUAUGGCAGUGGCAUUAUAAAAUUCCUAUACAAGCGUUGACCUGAAAAACAUAUAUGGGU